UUGACUAUAUAAAAACUGUUUCUCCUCAGGACAAUGCAAGGAGUGCAAAAACUUCAACUCCAUGUUUGCCAUCCUCUCUGGGCUGGGUCAUGGAGCAGUCUCCAGACUAAAGCAGACUUGGGAGAGACUACCUUCCAAGUAUCAGCGAAUGUAUCAUGAAAUGCAAGAGCUGAUGGACCCUUCAAGAAACAUGAGCAAAUAUCGUAAUUUAGUUCAGAAUGAAAAUAUUCAAUCGCCAAUUAUUCCAUUUUACCCAGCUGUUGCCAGGGACUUGACAUUCACCCAUGAAGGCAAUGAUGAUAAGGUUGAAGGCCUCAUUAAUUUUGAAAAACUUAGAAGGAUAUCAAGAUACAUUCGAGACCUUCAAAAUAUGUGUUCUGCUCCUUACGAUUUAUUCAACAUCCAGGAUGCUGGAGGUCAGCCACCAAGUUCUGCUUUGAUAUCUCUCAACCAGAUGGCUGGUGGUGGACACCAGACUGAUACAGUUAAGAGACGAAAGAAGUCAACAGCUGCUCCUGAUAAAAAGAUGUAUGAAGAGGCUCAGAUGGUUCGACGAGUGAAGGCGUAUCUGUCUCGCAUGAACAUAAUUGUGGAUGAAGAUCAACUUCGCACCAUGUCGUAUGAGUGUGAAGCUGGCUCGGAGGGUCACAAAGCAGCUGCUGGAUCAGUGAGUCACAACAGUAACAGCAGCAGUGGGUCCAACAGUGCUCCGCCCACUAAUCCACCACCUAGGAAGCGUCCAAACUCACCUACACCAUCCACUACAUCUUCAACAUCAUCAACAUCUCAGACAUCUGAUGGAAAGAAACAGACGGCUAAAUUUGGAGCUACAUCUCCCCAGUCCAUAAGCAAGAUGAAGGCCCUGGCAGAGCCCAAGACGAAGCCUCAUCACGGCCCACGCUCCACAACCCACCACUCUCUCUCUCCCACCCCUUCCCCGGGCCCUCCUCUCAGGGGUGCCAUCACCAACAAUAAUUCUCGCUCAUCUCACGAGUGUUCUCAUUCAGACACUCAUGCAGUACCUGUGGACCUCAGUGCAGAGCCUUCCUCUGUCACCUCCUUAUCCAAACUCCAUAAAUCCCACACCUCAGGUUCAAUGACGGCUGAAUGUCAUGUAGGCCUCGGUGAGUCUGACUCUGGCAUCUCUACCCAUUUUGAUGGACACUCCUCCUCCUCGCUGGAGUGUCUUUACCACUCUUCACCUCCAGCCCACCACCAGCAAUACUCACACCAACCAGAAUCACGGUCGCGGCCCCCUUUCCCCGCACGCUGUGGCCGUGCUGCCACCAAUCCCAGCAGCAGGUGAGUGCCUCUAUCCAAGGCAGUAAUGGUAAUCUUAAGGCUUUUCCCGUGAAGCUUACUAACAAGAUAUAGC